AUGGAUUCAUCAGACGAUGAAAGACCUUUCCACAUUCGCGACGACUUGGAGGAGGAGAGCGACGAGGAUUCGCUGAGACCCAGCAAACGGCGUAAGACUACUGGCUCGACUUUGCGAACUCGUGGCUUAGCUUUUGUACAGAAACAGGCUGAAGACAACGACAACGACCAAGAUGGCGAGGAAGACGAAGACAUGGACGACGAACGGCCGACGAUGGGUGGAUUUCAAGGAUUCGGUCUUGGGCAGUACCCUCCACAGGACGACCCUCGCUCGCCUAGUCCCGAAGUACAGGAAGAUCGUGAGCCUGCUAAGCCUGUUGGCGGUGGUCAGUCGGCCUUCGGAAGAGGUGGAAAGGUCAAUCAGAACUCUUUCGCUGCUCGAAUGAUGGCAAAGAUGGGUCACGUAGAGGGUCAAGGUCUUGGAAGGUCAGGACAGGGUAUUGCGGCUCCUGUACAGGCAGUCAAGGUCGAAGCUGGUAAAGGUCUAGGGUUUGGCGAUCAACAAGAACCUAAGCGACCGACGAAGAACAUCAAGGACAAACAGCAGAACAAGAUCCAUUCAGGCGCAAGCACUCCACGACUAAAGGCACCACCGAAGAAGAAGUACGAAGUUACAGCCAUAGAGUCAAGAGGUUUACAAGUUCCCGAUGUGUUGAAGAACAUUAUCGAUGCUACAGGUGCGGAAACGAAGAAACUCGAGAGCCUUUCUGGCUACUCGACACCUACUAGCGAUACGGCCAGGCCAGCUAGUGAGGAAGAGAAGAAGCAGGCACGUCUCAGGCGAGAUCUACAGCUGUUUGCUGAUGCGUGGGAUGGUCAAAUUCGAGAGGCCGAAGCACUAAACCAGGAAUUGCUGCAGCGCGACGCCGAGCUUGAGCAGUCUGAAAAUCAAAUCCAGCUGUUUGAGAACAUGGCCUUCGCCUUUGAGCAUGUAUCAGUCGACGAUUCGCAGACGCUACGGGCUUUCGAUCAAGUUGUCUUUCGUCUGCAGGCCAUUCAAACUGAGUAUGCAGAGUUCAUCGAGCCUCUAGAGCUCCCAGAAAUUGCUGCCGCUGCACUCUCCCAGCCGUUGCAGGCCGCAUGUCAGGCCUGGCAGGACCCACUAAGUGAUACAGGAAAAGUCAUUGUUAAUCAGCUACAGUCCCUAUCUCGAAUUCUGGAAGUCGCCAGAACGACUAGAUCUCGUCACCGUCGACGUACUACACCUUUUGAAUCACUUUUGCUCAAGACGGUCUACACUCACAUACGAGACACGCUCCGUUCCUCUUGGUUAAUCUACGAUCCUUUGCCCGCGACGGCUCUCCUAGAAACCUGGUUUCCAGCAAUUCUUCCUUCGUGGAUGCUCUACAAGCUGCUUAAUGAGGUUGUCGUGCCACGCCUGAUCGAAGCAAUCAAGAAAUUUAAGCCUCGUAAACACAACCACAAACGAAAGCACGAUGUGCCAGAUCUUCAUGAAUGGCUCUUCGACUGGUGGAGCCUCCUUAGCUCUUCCACAUUGUGUCUUGAAUCAUUUACGCAGCUCAAGAUUGAAAUCAAAUCAAAGGUUCGCUUCGAUGAUCGUGUUUGGCCGCAAUGGGAGCCCUUGCUUGGGUCGCGACACAAACCUUCGAAACCUGCAGUCGUACAGCCAGUUCAGGUCGAAACACCACCGCCAACGAUCGAGGAAGAGAUCUCUUUCAAGGACAUCCUCGAAGAGUGGUGUAUCGAGAAUGAUCUAAUGUUAAGGAAUACCGGAACUGCCGAUUCUUUGGGCAGAAGACUGAUGCGCCUCAUGCCGGCAGGACAGAACAGUGGUGGUUUGCUGAUAUACGUACAGAGUGAUAUCGUCUUUGAUAGUGCCAGUGGCGAUCCUUACAUGCUCGACGAGGAGCUGGUUGAAAAGGUCCGAGGUGGUAGAUGA